AUGGACUUGCCCAAACCCGCGCCCUUUUCCACGUCCCGCGCGGCAUCCGCCACUUUCCCUUUGAGCCAUGGCUCAACCACCGCCGGGGUCCGUGACGAACCGACCGAACAAUCGUCUGCGGGGCUCCAUGAUGGACGCACGCAUUUCCAUGCAUCCCAUGGGUUCAAUGGGCAGGACUCAUCGACGGACCAUCCAAGCGACAUUCCGCGUCAUCGGCCUCCUCCCCGACCGUUGAUCGAACUGGGAUUCGACGCGGCAAGACCACGCCGGCAUAAACACAGCAAGUCGCGCGAACUCCGUCUCCCACGCCCCAUGAGCAAUCUCGCAUCCUCUGCCAGUGCCCGGGGGCUAUUACCGGCCUGGUCUGGUGGGAAGGAAAAAGACCGCGAGGGUGACGAUGGACUGCUGAGACCGAUUACGCGGGAGACGACUCGGUCCCACUGGGGAUCGGACUCGACCAGCGGCUUGGGGACGGGCAGCCGGAAGGGAAGCCUGCUUGAUACACCAGAACAACACGAGCGACUCGGCCCGAUUCGACGGCAGGAGAUACGAUCCCUGGCAGACUUGGAGCAGGUCAAGAAGCGGAGGAAACAGGGCGAAGAGACGCUACGCUCUGCCCUCUCCUCCUUAGGAACGUUGGCAACUGACGUCACCCGCCGGCUCGAUUACACCUACUACAAUCUGUUGGAGAAAAUCACGGCUCUCAACUCGACCAUCACGUUAUUCCAGGAGCUCUCGGACUCCGCGUCCACACUCCUUACCGAUUUUGAACGCGAAACCGCCGGGCUAGACCAGGAGAUUCGCAAACAGAUUAAUGACCUCAAAGGAUUUGAACCGCACCGAGAAAAAGCGGACGCCUUGGAGGCGCGAAUGAAGCUGGGAAAGCAACGAGUAGAGGGCCUGGGGCAUCGACUCGAGGCUGUCGGACAUGAGAUUGAUAGCUGGGAGAGAAGGGAGACGGAGUGGCAAACGCGGAUCAGUCGCCGACUCCGUAUUUUCUGGACCUUCGUCACGGGCACGCUCCUGGUGUUGGUACUGGCAGUGGUUGUGCAGAAUUGGCCCGCAAUUCGAUCAUUCCCAGACUCUGAUCUGGUCGGGCGAACUGCGGGGAGCCCGUCUGAUGUAUGGGAGUCGAUUUUGGGUCUCAACCACCAUGACGCUGAAGCCGGGUCUUCUCAAUAUCCAUCGAGUCUUGCGGAUCGCUGGGCAAGCUUGGAACGGGCCCAACCAAGCUCAACGCUCGACGAGACUGGGGCCAGCGCCGUGCCUACGGAGCAUGAUCCUCUGAGGGUGUUUGACGAACUGUGA